AUGGCUGAAUCACGAGAGAGAUCAUGGUGUGUAAAAAUUACUUCUUUACCCGAAGAUAUAACGAGCGAAGAACUUGCCGAAAGGUGGAACCUGACCGCAAACCGAAUCGUUGCGUCGGCAGAUGAAAGGGGUCAUAAUCAGCAUGUAAAAUUGUAUGACUUCGCCAAUAAAGAUGCUGCGAAAGAAUUUGCCGUCUGGCAGGAUCGAACUCAGAUAAAAUCUUCAAGAAUCAGAUGCACUGUCAUUGAAGAUGAUCGAGAACAACAAACCGCUGAGCCACCACGCCUUUCGAUUACUACUGCUUCGGCUCACAAUGACGCAAAUUCUGACGAACUCUUAGUGACUCAACACACAGCGCAAGGAAUCGAAUGUCGAAAUCAAGGAAAGUGCUUCAAAUACGGAUGUACUGCGCGUCAUCCACCAGGAUGGGAGGCAUGCGAAGAUGGUGCUAACUGUAUGGACUACUACUGUUCUGCAAACCAUCCGUUUGGCCGAACGAAAAUAUGCAGCUAUUCCCAACAAGGAUACAGAUGUACUAGAUCGACUCGAAACAGACCCUGUAAAUUAUUGCACCGUCCCAUAAACAUUGAACAAUGUCGCAAUGGUGAUGCAUGUCGUCUUUGGCAAUGUCAAGAUUGGCAUCCAAAAAAACGUCCGAAAGAGUGCUCGGAUGGACAAAAAUGUUGGAACGUCUCCUGUCCACAGUUGCAUCCGCCCGACCGAAUAGUUUGUUUAAUGAGUGGAGCCUGUAAAGAUUUAGAAUGUAAAAAUAACCAUCCACCGGGCCGGUCAACUUCAUGUGAUUCAGGUCUCGCGUGUGGUAACUUCUACUGUGAAUCUUUACGUCCUCUUGGCUGGGAUCCAUGUAAAGCAGGUGUCAACUGCACAGAUCCAUCUUGCGCUCAUGCUUCUCAUCCUCCUGAUCGUGUACUAUCUACAAAUGAUGAAGACCCGGAUGAAAUCGUAUUACCGGUAAAAUUUUUAAAAAGUCCCGAACAACGUAAUCUAGACCGACAGCACACUCAAUUACCAAUUUUGACAAUCAAAGACGAAUUCUGUCAACGGUUGAAAAAGCACCGUAUUCUUGUAGUCAAAGCGGAAACGGGCAGUGGGAAAAGUACGCAGUUACCGCAAUAUGCUGCCGAAUAUUUUAACGGCCUAGUGGUUUGCACUCAGCCACGAGUUGUAGCAGCUAUCUCUUUAGCUCGCCGUGUUGCUCAAGAAUAUGAUGGAACAUCGAUAGGUCGAUCUGUCGGCUAUCGUGUCGGUAUUGGCAGUGUUUCGGAUGGUGAAAGUCGAGUCCCUGGAACCGACAUUCUCUUUACCACUGAUGGUGCUUUAAUUCAAGAUAGCACAGAAGAUCAUAGCUUAAGCAAUAUUCGUGUAUUGAUCAUCGACGAGGCUCACGAACGAUCGUUGAAUACGGAUAUUGUUAUGGGUAUUGCUAAAUCAUUACUAGAAGAACGUUUGACAGACUUCUAUGUUGUCAUUGCUUCAGCAACUAUUAAUGCAUCGAAGUUCAUGGACUUUUUUGGAUUGUCGAAUGAUCAAUUAUUGCAAGCUGAAGGUCGUGUUUAUGAUGUCCAUGUUAAAUACAUUCCGAAAAAGAUCAAAUCCAUCGAAGAACAUGCUGUUUCAACAUUAUUGAGCGUGUAUGAACAGCAUAAAGGAACAACAUUAGUAUUUCUUCCAGGACAAUCUGAGAUUGAACAAGCUAUGAUGCAUUUUAACAGAAAAAUACCGGACGAUUGUGUUGCCUACCCGUUAUUUAGUGCUCUUUCAUUAGAAGAACAAGAUAAAGUGCUUCAAUUUGUUGAAGGUACGAACGCAAAACGUCGAAUGGUCGUAUUUUGUACGAAUAUUGCUGAAACGUCAUUAACCAUUAGUAACACUCGUCUUAUUAUUGAUUCGGGAUUAGUUAAAGAAUCUCGUUUUGAUAAUAAUCUUCGUCUAUUGACACUUGAAACAAGAACUAUCGCUAAAGCAUCUGCUGACCAACGGAAAGGGCGUGCAGGACGAACUGCACCUGGUCUUUGCAUUCGUUUGUAUCAUGAAAAGGAUUUAGAUCGCGAUGAGAUCGAACCAGCAAUCCUACGAUCCUCCCUUGAUCUUGUUUGCCUUCAACUACUUAAUUUGACGUUUAACCCAGUGACUUUUCCAUUUAUGGAUUCACCUGAACAAACGGCUAUUCAACAAUCGUUGAAUGCUUUAAAACGAUUGGACUGUAUCGAUGCAGAUGGUGAUAUCACUCGCCGGGGCGAACUUUUCGCUGCACUCAAUGUUGAGCCCCGUUUCAGCGCAUUUCUAAUUGAUGUUUACACAGAACAUGCUCCUCUUCUAAACUUGACCGCAACGAUUGUAGCUAUUUUGUCAGCACCUGCUUCUAUAUUUCAAUUGGGUGUUACAAAUGACGAAAGAGACUAUAUUCGAAAGCGCAUUACAGAUAACGCCAAAAAUCACCAGAGCGAUUUAUUUUAUUUCGCUUCCGUGUAUGACGGAUGGAGUCGAGUGGGUACUGACAUCAUCGAUUUGCGAGCACGAAAGUGUAUCCGAUGUCGUGUUCCUUGCCAUAAGGGUAAUAUAUGUCGGCCUUGUCGUGCUGCAUACAGCCGAACGCAUUUAUUGAACAACAAUAUUCUCAAUACGGUUGAAAAUGUACGUAAUAUUCUGAUCGAAACGAUUCAAAAGCCACGUUGGCAUCUAGAAAGCAAUACAGUUGCUGAUCCGAAUGAAAUUGACAUCGUUGGCAGAAAUCUAUACAAAUACUUUCCUGAUUGUUACGGUUAUUUUAUUAAGGAUGGAGAAAAUCUUGUUGAUGUACGUAUGCAUUACAGCGACACUCCAGUAACUAUAAUACCCACAAGCACGUUUAUGCAGGAAGAAAAUAACAACUCUCAUUUUAUCGCCAUGGCGGUCAAAAAGUUUCCUAACGGUCGUAUUAAGAUCGAUCAACUGCAUCCGUUUCAACCUCCAGCUACUACGGUCAGCAACGCAUUUGAUCUACAAGAACUACAAUCGACACUACCGAAAGUCGACUCAUAA